AUGGCAAGAAAACGAAAACAAAAAGUUCCGGGCGUACUAUGGCGUCUCUUCCGAAACCGAGCACGAACCCUCUCACAAACCAUACUUUCACUCCUUCCUCCUCCACCUCCAUCCCCCGAUCUCUGUCACUGCAAAGGCCACCGUUGUCUCGGCUGUACCUCCGACGCCAGAUCGUAUCUUCUCAGACCGAACGAUCCUUCCGACUACCGCAAACUUCUUGCCAACUGUUACGUAGUCGUUUCGGAAAACGCUCCUCCUAUUCGCUUUUUCAUCCCGUAUUCUCAUUGCACGCAAAAUCAGAUUGUGAAGAGCAUUAUUGAACUGUUAAUGCAUCCAGAGGAUCCAGCCUCUGCCAAUGUGUUAUGCUCUGGUUAUAAUAGGAGCACAUGUUCAAGCCCUAAUGUGGACCUCUUAUCCUGUGCAUCUUGGUGUCUUCUGUUGAGUAGGAUUGGGGAUGAUUUUAUGGUUUAUCUACUAAAGAAUACAUCAAUAUUCUUGCCAGCUUCCCAUGGAAAACACUACCAGGUGGGAGGUCCUCCAAUCAGCCGUCUAUGCUUUGAUAUGUUGAACAAGUGUACAUCAAAAUUUGACAAUCAGCAUUCUUCACUUCAUAAACGUGGAGCACAAAAGAGAAAAAGAUCUGCUGACGUUGAUGACACAACAGUACAAAAUCAAAAGCGCCGUAUUUCUUGCAAUGCCAAUAACCCUUUUGGCUUUGCCAGUAACCUAGGUUUGAAGGAUGAGUCUUCAAUGCAAUUGAGUAGGUAUCGUGGGAGCAGGAGUUAUGAUGUCAGUGCCUCUGAAGCUCUUAAGUCUACUAGAGCUGCUACUGUAAUAAAGAAGUCAGACUCAGAAGGGAAAUCAGACUUGAAUUGUAUUACAACUAGGACUGGGAAGCGAUCUAGGCCAUGUAGUUGGAAGAGGCGUAAAUGCAAAAAGCAGAAGCAAUCAACCGCCGAAGAAGAUAAUCUAAAUAUUCAAUGCAAUUUGAUUCCUACUUAUACAGAUGGCCUGCUUGCUAAUCUACAGCAUGACAGCACCAGGUUAAGCUGUCACGAAAAGCUGCAGAUGUUGCAGAAAUGUUCUUGCUGUGUAAUCUUACAUUCUCUUCCAACUGUUCCCAAGUGGACUGAUAUCAAUAGGAAAUACAUCUUUUAUAAUCUGGAGUCUUCACUCUCAGUUCUUCCGAAGAAACAUAUUUUACAUUCCUUAAAGCCAAAUUUGGCUUCUUCCAAAUAUCUCAUUGGCAAUAUUUUUGGCUUCUCAGAUGUAAAUGAUGGUGCUCAGCCAGUGCCAUGUUCUCAUAGCAGUGGUUCAUGUCUCAUUGACUCUGCAUGCCUGUAUCACUCUCUUGUGAAAUGGUUUAAGAAUAUCAUUCGUAGGGCACGGUGUUGCCAGCCUGCAAAGUUCUUGGAUAAGCAUUGUUUUGUUCCGUCAUUGGAUCAACAUAGGGAUGAAAUAUCUACCUCCAGACUUGAGGACUAUGCAUCAGAGACAAAUGGAAAUAAGAAGUCUCAGGAGUUUGGUACUCAACAUUGCACAGAUAAUGUGGAAGUAAUAGAUUCACAGCGCGAGGCAGUCAAGUCAAACUGCUCAAAAAGUCAAGUAGUAUCUUUCAUAUGGGCUGUUUCUCGGAGUUUACUUCCUUCUGAAUUACUAGGUACUCCUUCCAAUUGGAGAAUAAUGAGAAGAAACAUUUCGAAGUUCAUACAGUUACGGAAAUUUGAAAAAUUCCCUUUAAAGCUAUGUUUGCAUAAACUAAAAAUAUCAAGGUUUCCGUUCCUGUCAAAUAAGUAUUUUUUGAGUAGUCAAAAUGCCGGGCUUCUUAAGUAUUUAGAAGAACAUGAUAAAGUUUUGCAUAAAGAAUUCAGAAAUUUGAACUGUGAUGUGCAAGGUGUCAAACGUAAGCUUCUGGAGAAAUGGAUCUUCUGGUAUUAUUCUUUUCUGGUUGUGCCUUUGGUGCAAGCAAACUUCUAUGUUACUGAAAGUGAGCAUACGAAACAAGACAUUUACUAUUAUAAAAAACCAAUUUGGGAGAAGUUGAUUAAAACCACUAUUGCUUACCUCAAAGACUCUAGCUAUAGUCACUUGGGUGAUGCGGCCUUGCAUAAUAUUCUUCGGAGUAGACCAUUUGGAUUUUCAAAGCUCAGACUUCAACCUAAGGAAAAUGGAGUAAGGAUGGUGGCAAAUCUUAAAGGUUCUUCAAGAUUGCCAUUGGUUGAGUCCACCAUGGGAGUUCAAUAUUGCAAAACUAAAAGGAAAGAAAACCAUCAGAAAAUAAAGUUUGAAUAUUUCCGAUCUGUGAAUUAUGUUCUUCGUGAUGCCCAUACUAUUCUUAAAGGAAUUCAGUUCAAGGAGCCUCAGAGGCUAGGUUCUUCAGUAUUUGAUUACAAUGAUAUUUAUAGAAGACUUUGCCCAUUUUUGAUUAGCCAGAAGAAGGGAUUGACACCUAUGUCUUCUUUAUUCAUUGUCACGUCUGAUGUUUUGAAAGCAUUUGAUUCAGUUGAUCAGGAGAAGUUGCUUGACAUAAUGAAAGAUGUUCUUUGGAAAAAUAAUUAUUUUCUCAAACAGUAUGAUCAAGUUGUUUGCACAAAGAAAUCUUUGUGGGUUCAAAAGCAAUUUACUAUGCUGGACAAAACAAGCAACUCUGGCCAUACACAGUUCAGAUCAUUUACUUCAUCCCGGCAUGGUGUUUUUGUUAAUCAGGAGCGGCAGAGGAAUGUGAAAAAGAAAUUGUUAUUAUCAUAUCUAACAGAGCAUGUGAAACACAACGUGUUGCAGUUUGAUGGAAAGUUUUACUUGCAAGGUGUUGGUAUAUCCCAGGGAGGAAUUUUGUCAUCUUUGCUUUGCUCCUUGUAUUACGGGCAUUUGGAGAAGAAUGUGAUAUUUCCAUUCUUUCAAAAGACACUUGAAUCUGGCAAUUGCAAGGAGAAUAAUUCUGUCCAAACCGAUAGUGGUGACUCAUCACCGUGUUAUCUGCUAAUGCGAUUUAUUGAUGACUUCUUUUUUAUAUCAAACUCAAAGAAGCAGGCUGCCAGCUUUUUCUCCAGGAUGAAAAGAGGGUUUCGUGGUUACAACUGCUACAUGAAUGAGAAAAAGUUUGGUGCAAACUUUGAUGUAGAACAGACACCAGAUUCCUCAUUGAACAGGGUUUAUGCGGGCAAAGGCGGUGCUACCUCAUUCGUUCCAUGGAGCGGUCUUCUUAUCAAUUGUUCCACUAUGGAAAUUCAGGCUGAUUACACAAAGUACUUAAAUAACCAUUUAAGCUCGACGCUCACUGUUUGCUGGCAAGACAAACCAGGGACUCGUCUAAAGGAGAAGAUGCGUCUCUUUCUAAGACCUAAAUGCCAUCCUUUGUUCUUCGAUUCAAAUAUCAAUUCAGUAGAAGUUGUCAGAUUAAAUAUUUAUCAAAUGUUUCUGAUAUGUGCAAUGAAGUUUCAUUGUUACAUCCGCGACCUAUCAUUUGUUUGCAAAUUUCACAAAAGAUAUUGUUUGGACAUUAUUCAGAAAUCUUUAAGAUACAUGCACAUGCUGAUUAAGAGAAGAAUGCAUUCCAUGCGUAUGAAUUCUAGUAUCCGACCAAUUCUCAAAUUGAAGAAGGGAGAAAUUGAAUGGCUUGGAUUUCAUGCUUUUGUACAAGUGUUAAAGAGAAAGGAAUCACGUCAUAAGAAGUUGCUUGCAGUUUUGAAGUCAAAGUUGCUGUCACAUAGAAUUUCUGGGAGUGUGCCACCUGAACUGAAGUAUGCUGUUGAUGCCGAAAAUUCUUCUUUGCUGUGGAAAAUCAAGUAUUAG